GGGGAUGGAUGUGGGCAUGUGGUGAUGUACCAAGACAGUGGGACCCUGGCAUCCAGGAACUACCCUGGGACGUACCCAAACUACACUGUUUGCGAGAAGAAAAUCCAAGUGCCUCAGGGAAAACGCCUGAUCUUAAAAAUCGGAGACCUGGAUAUUGAGUCACAGAAAUGUGAAACCAGCUACCUUACCAUCCUGAGCUCUUCAAUGUCACAUGGGCCAUACUGUGGCAAUGUAAUGCCUGUUCCCAAAGAGAUCAUUUUGGAUAGUAACGAAGCAACUAUUCACUUUGAGAGUGGAUCCCACGUGUCAGGACGAGGCUUUCUGUUGUCGUAUGCCAGUAGUGACCAUCCAGAUCUCAUCACAUGUUUGGAAAGAGGAAAUCAUCACACAAAGGCUGAGUACAGCAGAUAUUGUCCUGCUGGCUGCAGAGACGUAGCGGGUGACAUUUCUGGGAAUAUAAUAGAAGGAUACAGAGAUACCUCGCUGCUGUGCAAGUCGGCCAUCCACGCGGGCGUCGUGGCGGACGAGCUGGGCGGCCAGAUCAGCGUGAGCCAGCACAAGGGCAUCAGCCGCUACGAGGGCGUCGUGGCCAACGGAGUGUCCUCGCAGGAAGGUUCGCUGUCCGAUAAACGUUUUGUAUUUACCUCAAAUGGCUGCAAUAAAUCUCUCAGUUUGGAAGAGGGAUUCCUCUCCAAGAGUCAAAUUACUGCGUCUUCCUAUUGGGAGGAGACCAAUGAAUUUGGGCAACAAUUUCUGUGGUCCCCUGACAAGGCUUGGCUUCAAGUCCCAGGACUGGCCUGGGCUUCCAACCACAGCAGCAACCGAGAAUGGUUAGAGAUAGACUUGGGAGAGAAGAAGAGAAUAACAGGAAUUAGGACCACUGGUUCUGGAUCUAUGUUGAAUUUUGACUUUUAUGUAAAGACAUUUAUAAUGAACUACAGAAAUAACAACUCGAAAUGGAGACCUUACAAAGGAAUUCUAAGCAACGAAGAAAAGGUUUUCCAGGGCAACUCCAACGCCGGUGAUAUUGUACGUAAUAAUUUCAUCCCUCCGAUAGUGGCCCGUUAUGUGCGAGUUAUUCCCCAAACCUGGAACCAAAGAAUCGCCCUGAAGCUGGAGCUGCUGGGCUGUCGAGUCACGCAAGGCAAUAGUUCGUUUACACAUUCCAUGUGGCAAAAACCAAGCCAGAGCACAGAGACCUCCCUUGGGAAAGAAGACAAAACAGUCACAGAACCCAUCCCAUCAGAAGAAAGUAACUUGGGCUUAAAGCUUACAGCUAUAAUUGUCCCCGUCUUCAUAGCGCUGUGUCUGUUCCUGUUCUCUGGAAUUGGUAUCUAUGCAGUUCUACGAAAGCGAGAGACCAAAGGACUUUCUUAUGGAUUAUCCAAUGCUCAGAAAUCAGGUUGUUGGAAACAAAUCAAGCAGCCUUUCACCAGACAUCAGUCAACUGAAUUUACCAUUAGCUAUAGCAAUGAAAAGGAGACUCCGCAGAAGCUAGAUCUGGUCAUGAGUGACAUGGCAGAGUACCAGCAGCCUCUCAUGAUCGGAACCGGCACGGUGACACGGAAAGGAUCCACCUUCAGGCCCAUGGACACCGACGACGAGGGCAGAAGGGGCAGCUCGGAGUUCGAGAGCCACUAUCACUGCCCGCAAAGAGCGGCCCGACACGAAUACGCGCUGCCCCUGGCGAGCGCGGAGCCCGAGUACGCCACCCCCAUCAUUGAGCGGCACGUGGCACGGGAGAAGGCCCUCGUCCCCGCGGAGAACGGCUACAACGUGCCCGUGACCGCGGCCCACAAGCACUCGCUGUCGGCGGGCGGCUUCCCCGGCGCCUGCCAGGCCGAGGCCAGGAACGGGGACUACCAGACGCCUCACAGUGUAAUGAACUAUGACAAGCCGAAAGCGAACGGGAUCCUGACCUCCGUGAGCUAUAGCACGGACUACCAGAAGCCUCAAGCGAAUUCCCUAGGAAGUGAGGGUUACUCGACACCUAGAGACUGCCUAAAACCUAUAAGCCAGACAGCAAUGACAGCUCUCCUGUGAUCUGCUGAGCACGAGGGACUUGGUGCACAGAAAUGCUACUGUACAGCUUCCGAAAGGAAAACAGAGUUUUCAAGGAGCCUACUGUGGAAGGCAGAAGGCAAACAAACCCUGUGUACAUAAUAUUGCAGUCUUGCUGGGUUCUGACAUCUGAAGAAAGCAUAUGCUGUUUAUCACUGUUUAUAGCAAGAGAGAUGUUAUCGCUGAAGACUGUAUAUCUUAUUUUCCGUAACUGAUCUCAGUGCUCUGUUUGCAAUGUGUGCAAUUUGUACAUAGUUUUUAUUUAAGGAGAAUUUUUUUAAGUUUCC